AGCUCACUUGGUCAGACGUCGUGGAAACUGGAACACAUCACGCAGUGCUGCUCUUACAGUCGUUUGCAAACAGCGGGCGAAACAUUGAAACGUACCUUUCCAAAGCACCGUCUACACAGCAAGAAUUUCUAGAUUGAAGAUGUUUUCACGGUGCGUGAUUGCUGGAGCUUUCCUGAUGGGCCUGCUGCUCACUGUGGUUGCCAAUAAAACUGAGGAAUUAAAGACAGAAGCUAGUAAAGAAGGUGUCCGUACCGAACGUCAAUAUCAUUUCCGCAGACCUCCCUCGUUGAGCCGAAAUCCCAGCCCUCCGCUGGAUUUCUUCAAGAAAGAUCCUGUUGAAUAUGACCCUUCCGGACUUGGUUUCGAAAUUCCGAAACCAGAAGAUUUUCACUACCAUUUUCAGCCAGACUACGAGCCAAAAAAGUCACCCAUUUCAAACAAACCAACUCCUCUUGUCCAGCCAAAAGCAGCCUAUCACGUAUCGCAUAGACCUGAGUCGCUAAAACCGGGAGUCCCUCAUAGAUUGCCUUACCGUGAAGCUGACAAAUCUCCUUAUUAUCCUGACUACAUUGAGGAUAAACCAUCUUACAAACCCGAGACACCAUACAAAACAGGAGCGGCUCCAUAUCCCGAAAAUCCAAGCAAGUACGAGGACAAAUAUCCGCACUAUUGUCCGAAAGUUGGAGGUUACGAAUCGGAAUGCCGGCCAGCUAAAGAUUGCGCUGUUUGGUACGACAUAGUAUCUUCUACUGCGGGUACAUCUUGCAAACUUCCUGAUGGAUAUCCAGGAAUUUGUUGCCCUGAUCUUCCCUACAAUGGUCGUGACGGAGUACCGUUCAAACAGGCCAAGAAAAUCGUAAAGGUGGAGAAAAAAUGUAUAGAUCUCUAUUCUGUGAACGCAGCCGCCCAUGCUGGUCGAUUUCAGAUGAGAUUGAUGGACGAGACGGAAAAGCUCUUGCGUGCCAAUAGCAUCACCGUCAGGCCAAGCUCGUCGCAGUCCACGCAUUUGCUUUUCUUCCAAACAACAUCUGCAUCUCGCCAACUCAGUCGGGGAGCCCUCACUGGUGUUGAAACUGUCAUUGAACUUGGCAAAAGGUUUGAAUUGACUCCAGAUGAGGCUGGAUUUGGAUUGACCCACUUCAAUCUUCGGGAUACAAUUUUGUCAGACACCUGCCCACCAGACACCACAUGCGAUCAAAAAACUAUCCGUUCUCCAUUUCGGACGUUGGACGGUACAUGCAACAACAUUAAACGCUCCUCCUGGGGUAAAUCUCGCACGCAGUUUCAACGCGCUCUCGUGCCAGCUUACGCUGACGGUGUGUGGCUGCCAAGACGUGCCAAAAACGGCGGUGAACUUCCCAGUCCCCGCCUGGUGUCCAUUUCUGUGGUUUUGGAUGUUGAUGCCCCUCACGAGACGGAUACCACAUGGGUCAUGCAAUACGGCCAAUUCGUGGACCACGAUUUAACUUCAACGCCCGUCUUCCGCAUGAACGCCAACGGCAUGGGAAUCCAGUGCUGCACAGAUGAAGGAAAAUUAUUGAACAAUACAGAGUUCUUGCAUCCGGAAUGCUUUGCCAUUGAGAUCCCAAGCGACGAUCCAUUUUUCUCCAAAUUUGGUCAACGUUGCAUGAGUUUUGUUCGUUCCACUCCAGCACCCAGAUUCGACUGCAGUUUGGGCUACGGAGAACAGAUGAAUCAGUUGACCCACUUUUUGGACCAGUCCAACGUGUACGGAUCGGAUGAUACGGAGGCUGCUGCAUUGCGGACAUUUGAGAACGGAGCUUUAAAAGUAACUCCUCAAAAGGGCCAUCACGAAUUAGAUUUACUUCCACCCGACAACGAUCCCGAAAUGAAUUGCACCUUACCCAAAUCGGUUUCUGGUAUAGAAGCACCGAAACACAUCAAGUGCUUCAAAGCAGGUGAUGCACGAUCGAAUGAACAUCCAAAUUUGGCUGUGACGCACACUGUUUUCAUGCGAGAACAUAACAGACUUGCGAGAGAACUUGCCUAUCUUAAUCCGUUUUGGGAUGACGAACGACUCUAUCAGGAGGCUAGACGCAUUUUGAUUGCCCAAAUGCAGCACAUCACUUACAAUGAAUGGCUGCCCAUCGUGAUCGGUGUGCCGAAGAUGCAGGAGCUUGGUCUGUUGCCAUUGCAACAUGGUUUCAGCGAUGAUUACGAUGACAGUAUCAAUCCAACAAUUCUGAACGAAUUUGCUGCAGCCGCUUUCCGUUUCGGUCACACCCUUAUUCAAGGAAAACAAGAUCUAAUCAAUCACAGAAGGAAAAAGGAGGCGCAUAUUCUGUUACGUGAACAUUUUUUCAAAUCACAGGUGGUAUACACGCCAGGCAACCUUGACAAAUUUUUGAUUGGCUUGGCUACUCAACCAGGACAAGAUUUUGACAAUUACUUCACCGAGGAGAUUACUAACCACCUGUUUGAAGAACACGGAAAGGGCUUCGGUAUGGAUCUGGUGGCUCUCAACCUUCAACGCGGCCGUGAUCACGGUCUCCCUGGCUACAAUGAUUACCGUGAUCUUUGCGGUCUUCCCCGUGCGCAGCAUUUCCGCGAUUUGCUUGAUGUGAUUUCUCCAGCUAUUCUUGAGCGCUUCGAGCUUCUCUACGACUCUGUUGAUGAUAUUGACCUGUUCAUCGGAGGAGUGUCUGAAAGAAAGGUCGAAGGAGCUUUGCUGGGCCCUACUUUCCAGUGCAUAGUAGCUGAUCAGUUUUUGAGGCUCAAGAAAGCAGAUCGUUUCUUCUAUGAUCUUGGGGGACAGCCCGGCUCGUUCACUGAAGAACAACUGUACGAAAUUCGGCAAACUAGUUUUGCUCGUUUGAUUUGCGACAACAGUCACGUUAGUGACACUCAACCGCUUGUAUUCAAAUUGGAAUCUGCCACGAAUCGAAUUGUGGACUGUGAUUCUUUGGCCAUUCCCCGUGUUAAUCUACACCCAUGGCAAGAGGGUUACGAGAAAUCUUACACAAGACCUUAUGAUACUCCAUACAAAAAAAUUUAAAUUUAAUAUUCUAAGAAAGAGUUUUUAUUGAGCAAAGAGUGCAUCUUACUUUUCUAAUUAUCGUAUUCAAAUGUAUAAUUCUAACUAAUAAAAAGGUACUUACCCUGAAUU